AUGACCGCCAAAGAUGAUUGCGAAUACUUCUGCGCUGCAUUGGCCACGUUCGCACAGCUGCGUGUCAUCGAGUUGGAUCUCAGCGCUUGGUCGCUCGCUCGUCACACUUUCGAUUUUCGACAGCCGAGAUGGACGUUGCGUCUUGUGGCGAUCAAAGUGACUUAUGCUGUCGAGUCUGAUCAUAUCGUAUCGCUUGCUGUUUGGCUCGAACAUUGCGCAAACUUGCGAUUUGUCGAAAUCCAUCAAAAAGAUUGGGCAUCCCGCUUGCACGAGAUUUCAGAAUGGCUCAGAUUCGCCGCUGCAAGAUUGAGUCUCGCUCUUUCCAACCUGUCGAACCUCGAUGUCGUCAUCAUGAGAGUGAAGCAGAUCAAUCUCCGCUUUGGACCACACCGCGAAAGCUUGCUUCACCUCAAUGCUGCAACCUUCCUCAGCUGUGCGCCAAGUUGGCCUUCUCUCAACAUCCUCGCCCUUGCUUUUGGUGGCAAGACAGACGCUCAGACUUUGCGCGAAAUGGCCAUCAGCAGACUCUCACGGGUAGCGUCCCAACAGCGAAGAGCAUUCAGCGCGACUUCGGCGUCUCAUGUCGCCAAAUUGACGCUCAUUGGUAGACUCGGCACGCCUCCGGUGACCGGCACAGACAAGCGCGGACAGCCCUUCACCCGGUUCGUCAUCGCUACAUCUCGUCGUGGCCCUCGUCGCGAGGAUGGUGCGCCGGCUGAGAACGUCACAUCAUGGCAUGACGUGAUCAGCUACAAGAUUGCCGAGUCAGAGUACAUGCAGAACCUCGAACCGGGCACACUCGUCAAUGUUGAAGCUGAUUACCUGCCCACGGCCGUCAAGACGGACGACGGCAAGACCUACGCCAACGUCUUCCUCAAUGCCCAGCGCAUUGAUGUGCUGCAAAAGCCAAGGCGUAAGGACGGCGCGGAGGACAAGGAGGCUUUGCUCUGA